CUCUUCUCCCUCGCAACGGACUCUCCCUUCAAACGGGAAACAAGAUGGCGGCGGCAGGUCCGAGUACUCGGGCCUCUUCCGCGGCGGCAGCGGCAGCUCUGAGUCGGCGGGGCCGACGGGGCCGCUGUGACGAGAUGGCGGCAGCCAAGACUGGGGCCCCGGGCGCGGCCUCUGGUCCCGCGUUGCUGGUGUUGCCGCCGCCGCUGCUGCAACCGCCGCCACCGCCGCGGCCGGAGGAGUCGGGCUGCGCCGGGUGUCUGGAGACCCUGGGCGAAGCGGCGGCCCUGCCGUGCGGCCACUCGCUGUGCCGAGGCUGCGCCCAGCGCGCCGCCGACGCAGCGGGCCCCGGUUGCCCGCGCUGCCGUGCCCGCGGCCCGGGUUGGGCCCGCCGUCGGGCCCGCGACGACGGCCAGGCCGACGCGGAGGUGCAGGGCGAGCGCGCCCGCCGCGGCCAGCCGGAGCGCUGCCGCCAGCGCCGGGACGGGGGCGCGGCCGCCGCGGGGUCCAGGCCGGAGCAGGAGCCGCGCGCCGCGGCCACAGAGCCAGAGUUUAUAUUCAGAGCACCAAUCAAAUUAAGCAAGCCUGGGGAACUUCGUGAGGAAUAUGAAAGCCUGAGAAAGCUGAGAGAAGAAAAGUUGCAAGAGGAGAAAACCUCUGAAGAUCAAAUCCACAAGCUGUUAUCAGAGGAUACAGAAACAGGGAAAAGAAAAAUGGAUGAACAGAAAAAGAGAGAUGAGCCAUUAGUACUGAAAUCAAAUCUGGAACAUUGUCCUGCACGCCUCUCAGAUUCAGAGAACGAAGAACCUUCCCGAGGCAAGAUGACACAGACACAUCGCUCGGCAUUUGUUUCCAAGAACAACUCCUACUCCUUAGCUUUCCUGGCAGGGAACCUAAAUUCCAAGGUGGAAAGGAGUCAGAGCUGCAGUGACACAGCUCAGGACAGAGCGAAGAGCAGACUCAGAGCAGCCCCAACCAGCAAAACCAAGGUCACAGCUAUAACCCCAGCCUCCAACCCCAUCAUUGGUGUCCUCUUGUCCACUCAGAACAACCGCUGCCUCUCAGCCCCUGACUUAACCGUCGAGAAGCGUCUACCCUUCAGCUCCCUCUCAUCCUUGACUUCCCUGCAUAAGCCCGAGCGCUCCAUCAGUCCUGAGAGCAAUGACAGCAUCUCCGAAGAACUAAACCAUUUCAAGCCCAUUGUCUGCUCACCAUGUACUCCUCCCAAGAGACUCCCUGAUGGCCGAGUGCUAAGUCCCCUCAUCAUCAAAUCAACACCCCGCAACCUAAACAGAAGCCUGCAGAAGCAGACUUCUUAUGAGGCUAGUCCAAGGAUCCUCAAGAAGUGGGAACAGAUCUUUCAGGAGCGGCAGAUCAAAAAGACCCUUUCGAAAGCCACCCUCACCUCCCUGGCUCCAGAAACAGGGGAAGACUCACUGGUCGCUGAAGUUAUCCAUUCUAACAAGGAGAAGCCACCUCAGGCUUUAAAUACAAGACUGGCCAGUGGGCAAGUACUCUCUGAGUGUGUAGGACCCACCCUCACUGACCUUGAUUUUUUCCCCUCCGUUAGCCAAACAAAAGUGGAACAGGGCAGCGAUAGUAAAAGGAGCUCUGAGAUCCCGUUGGAAACCUGCUGUUCCUCAGAACUUAGAGUGGGAGCCAGUGGUACUUUGGAGACGGAGCAGAGUGAAGGGCCGGGGCCAACCCCAGAUGCCAAGUUAGACAAAACCUGUAUAAGCGCAACCAUGAAAAUCUCGGCAGCUCAUUCAGCGCUACCCAAAAAUAGUGUUCUGGGUGGGGUCCUCAAAACAAAGAAGCAGCUGAAGACAGCGAAUCAUUUUGAUCUGCCUAAUGGUGUGCUGGCAGACAGCCGAGCUGAGGAGCCUCUUCCUUCCUUGCGUCGGGGCCGGAAAAGACACUGUAAGACCAAGCACUUGGAACAAAAUGGCUCCCUUAAGAAACUGCGACAGAGCGGUGGUGAGGUGGUCCUGGCCCCGGCAGAGCCGGUGCUGCGGGAGAUGGAGCAGAAACUGCAGCAAGAGGAAGAGGACCGGCGGCUGGCUCUGCAGCUGCAGCGCAUGUUUGACAACGAGAGGCGGACUGUGAGUCGGCGAAAAGGAACCGUGGAUCAGUAUCUCUUACGGUCCAGCAACGUGGCCGGGGCCAAGUAGCACCUAAUGAACAGUGUUACCUAUUUUUAAGAGGUCUUUGGGCUUGAUCAUUUAUCCUGAAGAGCUGAGUGUUCUCACUUUGGGUUUCUUUCAAUGGCAAAACACUGUCUGAUACAGUUCUGGGAGGUUCCGGGGCCUUCGUAGUCCAUGUCCAAGGGAACUGUGUCUCUGCCUCCCUGCGACCGAGGCCAGAAGCACUCCUCACCCCAAAGUGACCUGUCCCUGAGGGCUCCUGGGCCAAAUCGGGCAGCACCCACUUGGAAUGAGAUUCAGGAGCACAGUGGCCAGAGUUACAAAUGGUAGAGGAAUGAGGGGGGAUACCUUCUUAAACUGACAGACCUCCUGACUUCUUUCAACAGGGUGUUAUUUUAAAUCAGCCUUGCAGAUAAACAUUACUUCCAUCUGUGUCGUAGAAGUGGAUCUGCAUUUUGGCAGAUUCCAGAAUGAUUAUGUUCCCCCUUCUCCUUAUCCAUGCCACAAGUAAAUGUACCUACUGAAAUUGGUUGAGUUUUUCCCUUCUACAAAAGUUAAUUUACCUUCCCUGUUUAAAAAGUAACGUUUGAGUAAUGCUAUAUAGUUGACAGACCACAUUGAGUCACUGUUGGAUUUGGUCUUCUCAGGAGUGCUAACGUGUAAGCGGUGUGAGCCCCAUUUUAGAUGAUGGAGCUGCAGGGCACGUGUUCAGAUUCUCUCAUUUACUAGUUGGAACAUCCCAGACUGACUGUUGGGUCUCCCGACAAGAAAUCCCAUAGAUUUUCCACACUGACAGGUUGCUGUAAUGGAUUGUGACCCAAGGAGCCUAGGGAAGCUGGCUGGGCAUGUGAAUACUGAUUGUGCAAAAUCCAUAGGCAGAUCAUUGAGAUUGACGGGAAGUACAAACAAAUAUUAUGCAGUUAUCUUCCCUUCUCCCGGCACAGUUUACCUUUUUGUUUUCUUGGGGGUGGGGCGAGGGAGACAAAAUACACCCUGUGAGACAAAGUACAGUUGAGCUUCCUUACUACUCUCUACGUGUCCAAGAGUUAUCUGCAAUGUUGAUCUAAAAUCCAAAACAAUUGCCCAGAAGUCAGGUAAGAGCAAUGCUGAAACUCCAUACUAUGGAAACAAGGUAUCUAGCUGGAUGCAGCUGGUAAAUUCAGUCCCAUGGACCUUUGGGGUUUAUUUUCCUUAGCAGCUGACACCAUGUGUCUUUUGCAUCCCUGGUGGUGCUUGGUGCUUCUGCCCAUCUGGGCUCAUUGAGAAUAGGGAUUAAGAUAUGAUUUUAGGGAAUCUCAGAUGGGCUGGCGUUCCCUGUGCAUGUAUGAGCUGUUACUAUAAAGUCAUGUGACUGGCAUUUUAACAAAGGCUUUAGAGCUUCUAUAUCCCAGUGUAUGUUGUCUCCCUUGAGUGGCCCAGCAAGAUACCACAUAGUUUUCUAAUGAUGUUGCCAUUGGCAAAAACAUUUCUGGAACUCUCCUCAAAGUCUAGAAACGUCUAGAAAUAUAGACUCCUAAAAUGUUAGAAUUGGAAGGGAUCUUAAAGGUCAUCUAUUCCAACCUCCUCCUCUUACUGAGGCAGAAGCUAAGAUUUGGAAUGGUGACUCACUGAUUACUAGGGAUUUACUACAUCACCUUCUUUUGAUUCCUCCCGGGAGAUUUGCCCCUUCUUCUCUAGACAAAUCUUUAAUCUUUUGUGGUUAUAGAAGGGAGAAUUUUAAGUUUGAAACUAGUCAGAGGCUAUUUGAAGCCUCUGGAAGAGAAGGUAGGUCAAGAGGGUUUGGAGUCAUAGAUGAGGUACAGCCAUAAAGCAGCUAUUUUCUUCUGCUCCUAAACAGUUCCCAGAGAGACGUUCCAGAGAUGUCUUAAGCAUUCUGGUCAUCAUGGAGAUAUGUGGAGGCUCCUCAGUGACUACGUUGGUGGGAGUGUCACUCGAAUGUAUGUGUUCUGUGUGUCUGUGUGCGUGCACACAUGCAAAUGUAUGUUUAAACAUGCACCAAUCUCAUUACUUUAUAUUCACACCACUUCAGUUCUAGGCCCUGCCAGCAACAUAUGUCUCCAAAGGCUGCUGGAGGGUUGGUACCCAAGACAGAAGAGCUGGUGCUGGUGCUGGUCUGCGGAGUAAGAGGAGGGUGACUUAAUGCCCUUAGAGAAAUUAUCAGUUCCUGCCAUUUCACACAGUUCCCCUUGGUUCGGAGUACAUAAUAUCGGAAGGCUAGUCUCGGUAGUAGCAAAGACACUUAUUUUUCCACUUGCCACCUUUUUCUAUAUCUCCAGUAAUUUGAAAAACAUUUUGGUUGGAACUGAUUUUUGUUUUUGGAAAAAAGAUAAAUAUUUUUAAUAGAAAAAGAUAUAUAUUUUAAAUAUUUCCCUCAAAGUACUACUUUCAUUUUAAGAAAUUGCAUAGCAGUAGCAACAAAUUUUAGUUUCAGGUGCAGAGUGAAAAGCUACUUCCUGUUAAGUGAACAUUCCAGACGCUGGAUCCAACUUACUGACUUUCCCCUUUGUACCUACUGUUGUGCCUGGAAUGGUAUCAACAAUUGUUGUUUUCCAAACUUCCAGCUGAGCAGUAGCCCUUCACACAGAGGCAAAGUGGUUUAGGUUAAGGAGCGACAAGGCUUCACCUCUGAUCUGCUCGGCUUUGGAGGAGGAAAAAACCACUAAGGUAUUAUCUGUAUUUUAAAAUGCUUCCCUUACUUAACUAAAACCUGAACACUUUUUGCUUCUGAAAGAAUUCUGUGUCCUGUUGCUCGCUUGCUUGCUUGUGAAGUUUGUCACAAAUGGAGUUGUCAAUGUGAAUUAUUUGGAGACGGAGAAAGACAAGAAAAGGAAAAUAGAGCGAUGGGAGGGUUUGUAGGCUAGAAUGAGAGAAAUACCAUUUCACAAAACAAACAUUUCUCAUGAAUCAUUGGAAUCUGAUUCACCCUAAAAAUUUCCCAUGCCCUACUAACUCUGUUCUUUGUGUAUAUGCAUUCUGUGUUUUUUAUUAAAGGGGAAGUUCUGAGA